UCGGCUAUCGCCAUCGUCAUCAGUAGUUUUUGAUUUCGUUUGCGUCGCUUCGCAGUUUGUAAUUUCUAGUGCUAAUACAAACAUCUACAAAAGAAAUAUCUCUGCCCCUAUUAAAAAAAAUAAAAAAAAGUCACUGUAGGUAGCAGCUGCUGACUUCAAUUUUUGUGCUAAAUCCAGGUACAUAAAUUGUUUGCAGAGUUUUGUAAACGUUGCCGUGGGCAGAAGCAGCAAAGUGAACGUGCUGGUGAAAUUUAGCGGCAAAUCAUUUGACUGAAAACUUAAAAUGGAAAAAUUGGAUGCAAAUCUGGAGACACAAUUCGAUCUCAAUCUCAUUGAGGCAGUAAAACAAAACCCGGUUAUUUAUGACCGUUCACAUUAUAAUUACAAGCACUUCGUAAGGAAGGCUCAAACCUGGAAGCAGAUUGCAGAGCUACUAGGAGUCCCUGAACAAAAAUGCACAAAACGCUGGAAGAGUUUGCGUGACAAAUUUGCACGUGAAAUGAAAUUGUGUCAGGAAUCGCGAUGGCGCUAUUUCAAGCAAAUGCAGUUUUUAGUGGAUUCAAUAAGGCAAUAUCGUGAGUCGCUUCUGGGAAAAUGUAAUAACGUACAACAAAACACCAAUCAGGUUGCACAAGUCGAUCCAAACCAGCAGCAACAACAACAGCCCCAGCAACAAGCGGUCGUGGAUGUAUUCACACAACCAUUUAAUGGCGCCGCCACAACCUCAACACAGGCCCUCGCUCAUACGCAUGGUUCACGUUUAGAAAUUACAGUUACAGGCGACACUCAAAUAGCAGCCUCCGCCGCCAAGGAUCAGAAACCAUAUUUUUAUGAACCAGUAUUGAAACGGGAACGCACCGAAGAAGAUAAUCAUGACAAUAUGUUAAACACAAUUAAGAUUUUCCAAAAUUCAAUGACACAAGCAGUAAGCGCUGAGGAUCAGUCAUUCGGUAUGGUUGUCACCGAUAUGCUUAAUACACUGGGCGUGCGACAGAAGGCCGAAGCCAAGGUACACAUCAUCAAGUACCUUACAGAUAUGCAAUUGUUGGCACAACAUAAUAAAUAUUAGAUUAGGAAGCACAUUGUGUUAGAUGAUUCUCUUUAAUUUAUGGUGCAGUGUUUUACAGCUACUAUUUAAGUAUUUGAAUAGUGUAGCUAACAUUCCAACGGAUUUUCCUGACGACGAGGAAUAUUUGAAAAUGUACUUCCAAAAAGUAGCAACAAAACCAAAUAAGCAAAAUCAAGAUAAAAUUAAGGAACGCCAACAGAAGGUUGGGAACGUUUCUUUGAAGAAUUUACUUAUGUUAAAAAGCGUUUACUAUUUGAAAAUUGUCGUAAUGCUAACGUUAUUAAUGUUUACAUUCUUUUACUUUUUAGUUGUAAAAAGAACAACCAUUA